AUGGAAUAUUUAGGAGGAGGAUCAGCUCUUGAUUUGGUAAGUUUCUCUAUAAUACAAUUUAGUAAACUCCUUGGUAAGAUUGCGUUGAUGUAACACAGGCCUAACCCAAAAGGCAUCUUUACAUUUCAGUCAAGGUUCAGUAGGACGCUUUGUUCCAGCCUGCUUUCUCUUUUAGUUGGAGCCGGGUGCCUUGGACGAAACUCAGAUUGCCACAAUUCUCAGAGAGAUCCUGAGGGGACUUGAGUACCUGCACUCUGAAAAGAAAAUCCACCGAGAUAUUAAAGGUACUGUUCAGAGCACUCUAUGGCCAUACAAUGCAGCAUGAAUCGCCAACUGACUAUCUUGUUUAACUGGCCACCAUGGUGAAUCUCAUAGUUUGUGUUAUUGCCUCCAGCCGCUAACGUGUUGCUAUCGGAGCAAGGAGACGUGAAGCUGGCAGACUUUGGAGUGGCGGGGCAGUUAACGGACACCCAGAUCAAGAGGAACACAUUCGUGGGCACUCCGUUCUGGAUGGCACCUGAAGUCAUAAAACAGUCUGCGUAUGACUCAAAGGUCAGAAAAACCACAAGCUCUCUUUCAGGUUCUAGGUUAUAUAUCUUUCAGGUUCCAGGUUAUGUCUCUUUCAGGUUCUAGGUUAAGUCUCUUUCAGGUUCUAGGUUAUGUCUCUUUCAGGUUCCAGGUUAAGUCUCUUUCAGGUUCCAGGUUAAGUCUCUUUCAGGUUCCAGGUUAAGUCUCUUUCAGGUUCCAGGUUAAGUCUCUUUCAGGUUCCAGGUUAUGUCUCUUUCAGGUUCCAGGUUAUGUCUCUUUCAGGUUCCAGGUUAUGUCUCUUUCAGGUUCCAGGUUGUCUCUUUCAGGUUCCAGGUUAUGUCUCUUUCAGGUUCCAGGUUAAGUCUCUUUCAGGUUCCAGGUUAUGUCUCGUUCAGGUUCCAGGUUGUCUCGUUCAGGUUCCAGGUUAAGAUGACAUAUCUGUUCAUAGGUUCAUGCACGUGUUAUAAUGUGUCAUAGGAAACGUGGGGAAUUGUCAACAAAAUGUUUAAUUCGAACUCUGUGUUUUCAUAAUGGGGAUCCUAAUAAAUCAAAUCAAAUAGUUGUCCAAUAAACUUUGUUUUUCCUGGCUCUAAAUUCUGCUGUGUAGAGAGAGUAGAGACAUUGCAGAGGUAGCUUCAGCUCUGUGACCUGCUGUGAUCACACUACAAGCCAGUGCACACAGAUGGAAAUGUCACCAGACACAUUAGGAACGACCACAACAUGUGAAUCACCAUGCGGCAAACCAGAGCCACCACACUGACUCACCCUGGGUUGACGGUAGUUCCAUAAAUGACCUACUACAGGCUCGGGUGAUAUAGGCCUUCUAAGUGGGGCCUUUCUAGUGGCUGUGAAUGUUGUUACUAUCUAAUGUGUGAAUAUAAAAUGGCACCCUCCAUCUUUUGAAUAGAAAUCUCUAGUCAAGUUUCAAGAAGUGUUAUUUAUCAUCAUCGUUCAUUCUGUGAAUCAUGCUAUCUGUAUAUCCUUUGCAUCACAAACCGUCCCUAUUGAUAUUUGCUAUGACGUUUGAAGUCCGUUGAUGAAUUUGUUCUAAAGUCUUUCUCAAAAAGUGUUUCCUUUUUCUUGUUGUUGCGUCGCAGGCGGAUAUCUGGUCUCUGGGCAUAACGGCCAUAGAGCUGGCCAAAGGAGAGCCGCCCCACUCAGAGCUCCACCCUAUGAAGGUCUUAUUCCUCAUCCCAAAGAACAACCCGCCCACCCUGGAAGGAAACUACUGCAAACCCCUCAAAGAAUUCAUAGAAGCCUGUUUGAACAAAGAGCCCAGCUUUGUAAGUGGUGUUUGGGGAGCAAUUGAGCUCAAAUUUGCAUUUUGUUAACUAGUGGUUAAGAGCGUUGGGCCAGUAACCGAAAGGUCGCUGGUUCGAAUCCCCGAACCGACUAGGUAAAAAAUCUGUCGACGUGCCCUUGAGCAAGGCACUUAACCCUAAUUACUCCUGUAAGUUGCUCUGGAUAAGAGCAGGUGCUAAAUGACAAAAAUGUAGAAAGUCAACCCUCUCUGCACAUUAGACAACACAUCCAAUAUAUACGUCUUCUUGGCGUGCUCCUCCUUAGAGGCCAACUGCCAAAGAACUGCUGAAACACAAGCUGAUCAUCCGGCACGCCAAGAAGACGUCCUACCUUUCAGAGCUGGUGGAGAAGUACAGGAAGUGGAAAGCAGAGCAGUCUCGGGAGGAAUCCAGCGACGAUGAGUCGGACUCGUAAGUCAUUAUCAUUUGAUCCAUUCGUCUGUCCUUUAAUGUUAUUUUGCCGAUCUGGUUGUUAACCAGAUUGUUUAUUGGGACAGUUCACUAAUAUGCUUCAGACUGUGUUUCCAUGUGAGGUUGUCUAAAGGUGGUCUCUAUGUCUUGUCAGGGAACAAGAUGGCCAGGCGUCUGGAGUGAACGACUCUGGGAACGAUAACUGGAUCUUCAACACCAUCAGGGAGAAGGACCCCAAGAAGUUCCUGAAUGGAGCCGCCCAGUCUGAUGAGCUGGAGGGGAACAAGGUAAGAUGGCACCUGUUGAAAUAACAAUAUAACAACACAAUCGUCAGUCAUAUGAAAGGGGAUUCAAGAGAAACAUGCAACUUAGUUUGUCAUGGUAUGAAAAAAUGUAUGCACUCACUAACUGCAAGUCGCUCUGGAUAAGAGUGCCUGCUAAAUGACUAAAAUGUAAUGUAAAUGUAAUGGUUAUCCUCACCCCAAAUGCUGAUUUAACUGAGUGUGUAUUUAUAGCAUAGUGUAUAUUCAUACCAUUGUGUAUAUUUAUACCGUAUUAUAAACUGGUUGGUUCCAGCCCUGAAUGCUGAUUGGCUGAAAGUCGUGUUAUAUCAGACCGUAUACCAUGGGUAUGACCCAAUUUUUUUUUUUUUUACUUCUCUAAUUACAUUGGUAACCAAUGGCCAAUAUACCACGGCUAAGGGCUGUGUCCAGGCACUCCACGUUGCGUCGUGCGCAAGAACAUCGGCCGUAUACCACACCUCCUCGGGCGUUAUUGCUUAAUUAUACCAUGGCAUUGUUGAAUACUUGUUUCUGAUUGGCUUGAAGGGCAUUCUAUAGCGUGCAUUAUUUCCUUAUAACGCACGGUAUAAAGCAAAAGUCGAAUUUAAAACAUUGGCAUUGUUGAAUUUUAGCUAGGACUGGUUAGCUAAACUAGCAAGUCUGUUUGUUUGGUUACCACGGCAACUAAUGUAGCUUGCUAGCUAUGUCAGUGGAUGUUGAACACAUUUCUACUGGCAAAUAUGGUAAAUUAUAGCCAUGGUAUAAAAUAGAUGAUCUACUCAGGGCUCUAUGCGUUCUCUGGAAAAUAAUGCAACUCCGUGGAAGGUCAGUUCUACUCCGCUGGAAUGUCUUCACUAUUAUUCUACAAUGUAGAAAAUUCUAAAAAUAAAGAAAAACCCUUGAAUGAGUCGGCGUCUCAACUUUUGACUGGUAGUGUAUAUAUGUAUACCAUAGUGUACAGUGCAUUCGGAAAGUAUUCAGACCCCUUGACUUUUUCCACAUUUUGUUACGUUACAGCCUUAUUCUAAAAUUGAUUAAAUAAAUAAAAAUCCUCAUCAAUCUAUACACAAGAAUAUUUUACAAAAUGUAUAAAAGUUUCAAAACAGAUACCUUAUUCACAUAAAUAUUCAGACCCUUUGCUAAGAGACUCAAUGUUGCUCAGGUGCAUCCUGUUUCCAUUGAUUGGACAUGAUUUGGAAAGGCACACACAUGUCUAUAUAAGGUCCCACAGUUGACAGUGCAUGUCGGAGCAAAAACCAAGCCAUGAGGUCGAAGGAAUUGUCCGUAGAGUUCCGAGACAGGAUUGUGUCGAGGCACAGAUCUGGGGAAGGGUACCCAAAAAUGUCUGCAGCAUUGAAGGUCCCCAAGAACACAGUGGCCUCCAUCGUUGUUAAAUGGAAGAAGUUUGGAACCACCAAGACUCUUCUUAGAGCUGGCCGCCCGGCCAAACUGAGCAAUCGGGGGAGAAGGGCCUUGGUCAGGGAGGUGACCAAGAACCCGAUGGGUACUCUGACAUAGCUCCAGAGUUCCUCUGUGGAGAUGGGAGAACCUUCCAGAAGGACAACCAUCUCUGCAGGGCAGGCAGACAAUUCCUUUGACCUUAAUGGCUUGGUUUUUGCUCUGACAUGCACUGUCAACUGUGGGACCUUUUUAUAUAGACAGGUGUGUGCCUUCCAGUCAAUUGAAUUUUCCACAAGUGGACUCCAAUCAAGUUGUAGAAACAUCUAAAGGAUGAUCAAUGGAAACAGGAUGCACCUGAGCUCAAUUUUGAGUCUCCUAGCAAAGGGUGUGAAUACUUAUGUAAAUAAGGUAUCUCUGUUUUUAUUUUUAAUACAAUUGCAAAAAUUUCAAAAAAACUAUUGUGUUUAUAUUAGGGCUGUCAAAUGAUUAAAAUUUUUAAUCAAAUUAAUCAGAAUUUUCAGUGGAUUAAUCAUGAUUAAUCACUAUUUGCAAUUACACCUGAAUCCUAACCAUUUUUUUUCUGAAAUGCAUACCAAAAGAUAAAUAACAGGACACAGAUACAUAAUUUUCAUAUUAUGUCUGUUUAUUAACACAGCCAAAUAAUGGUGUUUUAAAUCAAGCUGAAACAUACUACACACCAUAAUAUUUGUCUUUGGCUGUGGCUCUUGACGGUGGCUUAUAGAAUGAGUCUUGAGACGCCACUUGCAAAACAUCAAGGAAACCUGAGUCUUCUACAAUGCUAAUGGGUCUACAAUCCUUUGCAAUCCAUUUUGCUAUUGUGUUGGUCAAAUUAUCUGAGGUUGAUUUUGUUAAUUGCCUGCAAACAUUCAGCGUGGUCUGGCGCAAACCACUUGCUGAAUCUGACGGCCCAGCAAACGCAUGUUUGGCGUUGACAUGGUACUUCAAGCUUGAACAGCUCCGGUGAAAUUGAAACUCCUUCUUACAAAUCUUGCAAAUAACCUUGUACUUGUUAACUGUACCAUCAUCAUUCUUUUUAUAUUUGAAUCCGUCAAUAGGCCCACUUUGCUCACCUUGCUCCAUCUCGCCUCUAGCUCCCAACCACUUUCCUGACCUGAAUAAUUUGUCACACUGCGCAUGCGUGAAAUGCGUUAAAAAAAUUGACGUAAUUAACAGCAAACAACUAAUUAACGUCGUUAACGCGCUAUUUUUGACAGCAGCUUGGUGAGAAGUCCGUAUUGCCCAGUCAUGCUGGAUGUCAUGCAAUAAAAUGCAAAUUAAUGACUUAAAAAUCAUACAAUGUGAUUUUCUGGAUUUUUGUUUUAGAUUCCGUCUCUCACAGUUGAAGUGAACCUAUGAUAAAAAUUACAGACCUCUACAUGCUUUGUAAGUAGGAAAACCUGCAAAAUCGGCAGUGUAUCAAAUACUUGUUCUCCCCACUGUAUAUAUAUAUAUAGAUAUAUUUAAUCUAUUUUAGAAUAAUGCUGUAAUAGGAGCUGAAUACUUUCCGAAUGCACUGUAUACCAUAGUGUAUAUUUAUACCGUUUGCGCAAAAUGGUUUUGUUACAGUCUAAUGCUGUGUAAAUUCUUGAGUUGAAGAAUACAAUUCAACUGAUAAUUUACCACAGCUGUCUAAUAACCUCUUUACAUACUGUACCACUCAGAGGAGUGAUUUAUUACUGGCUCGUUAUCUUUAGGGCACUAAAAGCCUAGCCAGGUGGAAAUCUAGUUUCUUCUGUUUAGGCUUUAAAGAUCUUAUCACUCCACUGUCUUAGAAACAUUGGCUUGUGAGAACUGGUUAGAACCUGUUCUUGUUUGUACUAUUCAUCUAAGGAAGUGGAGCCAAUUACCCCUUAUCUCUUUCAGAAGCUUAUCUCCCCCUAUUAGGGGUAAACAGCUCUUUGUGUAGAUGACGUAAACUCAGCAAAAAAAGACCCUUUCUUUCAAAGAUAAUUUGUAAAAAUCAAAAUUAACUUCACAGAUCUUCAUUGUAAAGGGUUUAAACACUGUUUCCCAUGCUUGUUCAAUGAACCAUAAACAAUUAAUGAACAUGCACCUGUGGAACGGUCGUUAAGACACUAACAGCUUACAGACGGUAGGCAAUGAAGGUCACAGUUGUGAAAACUCAGGACACUAAAGAGGCCUUUCUACUGACUCUGAAGAACACUAAAAGAAAGAUGCCCAGGGUCCCUGCUCAUCUGCGUGAACGUGCCUUAGGCAUGCUGCAAGGAGGCAUGAGGACUGCAGAUGUUGCCAGGGCAAUUAAUUGCAACGACCGUACUGUGAGACGCCUAAGACGGCGCUACAGCUGAUCGUCCUCGCAGUGGCAGACCAUGUGUAACAACACCUGCACAGGAUCGGUACAUCCGAACAUCACAACUGCGGAACAGGUACAGGAUGGCAACAACAACUGUCAGAGUUACACCAGGAACGCACAAUCCCUCCAUCAGUGCUCAGACUGUCCGCAAUAGACUGAGAGAGGCUGAGCUGAGGGCUUGUAGGCCUGUUGUAAAGCAGGUCCUCACCAGACAUCACCGGCAACAACGUCGCCUAUGAGCACAAACCCACCAUCGCUGGACCAGACAGGACUGGCAAAAAGUGCUCUUCACUGACGAGUCGCGGUUUUGUCUCUCAUUUCUGUGGAACUUGUUCAGUUUAUGUCUCAGUUGUUGAAUGUUGUUAUAUUCAUACAAAUAUUUACACAUGUUAAGUUUGCUGAAAAUAAACGCAGUUGACAGUGAGAGGAUGUUUAUUUUUUUGCUGAGUUUAUAUAAAGACUGUGUGACUUGUAAAUAAUCAAGUUCCUCCCCGGUAUAUCCGGAGAGUUAACUUUCUUCCAUUUGCUUGAAUAAACUCUUAAAAACUGGAAAAUGAGCUCUGCCUGAUCCUUGGAACUAGUUUUUCCUCAACAAUACCAUAGUGUAUAUUUAUACCAUAGUGUAUUGAGAAAGAUCAUUUGAAAAAUACAAUUUUAUUGAGUAAAUGUAUUUUUGUUUAUUUUCAUUUUGAUAACAGAUGAAAAUGUAAUGAAUUAAAAGUUAUUUGUUGAUGUAAAAAUCUAAAUGUAUCGAUUUUCAGGUUGUCAUAAAAUUUGGGGUGGAGUUGUGAGAAAUCCUUGUGAAAAUAAUGGGGUCCCCAAAAGGUCUGCGGGGAAAAAAUGGGGUCCCCAAAAGGUCUGCGGGGAAACAAUGGGGUCCACGUGGGAAAGUUUGAAUACCACUGCCAUAGUGUAUUUUUACCAUAGUGUGUAUUUUUACCAUAGUUUAUAUUCAUACCAUAGUGUAUACAGUAUUUAUACCAUAGUGUACACUGAGUGUACAAAACAUUGAGAACACCUUCCUAAUACUGAGUUUGCCCUCAGAACAGCCUUAAUUCGUCGGGGCAUGGACUCUACAAGGUGUCGCAAGCAUUCCACAGGGAUGCUGGCUCAUGUUGACUCCAAUGCUUCCCACAGUUGUGUCAAGUUGGCUGGAUGUCCUUUGGGUGGCGGACCAUUUCUGUGCGCGUGGCACCUACUACCAUACCCCGUUCAAAUGCACUUACAUAUUUUGUCUUGCCCAUUCACCCCCCUGAAUCCUUGUCUCAAGGCUUUAAAAUCCUUCUUUAACCUGUCUCCUCUGCUUCAUCUACACUGAUUUUUGAAGAAGAUUUAACAAAUCACAUCAAUAAGGGAUCAUAGCUUUCACCUGGAUUCACCUGGUCAGUCUGUCAUGGAAAGAGCAGGUGUUUUUAAUGUUUUGUAUACCAUAGUGUAUAUAUGUAUACCAUAGUGUAUAUAUGUAUACCAUAGUGUAUAUAUGUAUACCAUAGUGUAUAUAUUUAUACCGCAUGCUUUCUCCUGUCAGUUUUCAUAUACAUCAUGAUCUAACCAAACACAGAGUGGUGGUUUCUGGGCAUUCUCUGUUUAAUACGCUGACCUUCACUCUUCAGCUGUUUUCAGGUCUUGCACUGAGCCAUCAGAAUGAUUAAUUCUAUACUUUCUUUAUUAGGUGCAAGACAAUCCAAAGAGGCCUUUGUCACAGAGCUGGUGCACUGUCAUUUCACCUUUGUUUGCUGAGGUAAGAAUGUAUUUGGGCUCAUUUCAACUACAUCUUCUGACAUCUUGUUACGUUACCAUUUCUCUUUUUUAUCUAAAGAUAUAUAACGGUGAAUCUCAGUCAAGUUAAAUGAUUCCGGGUCAAACUGUUCUGAUAUGUGUUGCCCUUAUUGAAGCUACUGCUGCACGCUUUAAGAUAAACUGUGUCUCUCCUUCCCUUACAGUUAAAAGAGAACCAGGUUGAGGCAACCAAUGGCAAGCCAGAGGCUGUGGACGAGCUGAGGGAGGCCGUUUUCCUGUCAGAAGAGUCCUGUCCUGGUAUCUCUGACGCCCUGGUGUCUGAGCUAGUGCACAGACUACAGAGGUAAUGGCAAUAGCAUCAACACCUCCGUCAUUUGAUUACAUUUGAUUAAAUGUUUCUGCUCAUACGUUUUCAUUUUAUUCCAACAUUUGGGUGCAGACCUAUAAUCUAGUGUUGUUUCUCACACCUCAAUCCCAAGCUAAAUCUUCCCACUGUUCAUUCCUCCUUUGCUCUUGCAGGUUUUCUCUACCCAGGGCCUCCUCCUCCCCACACACCUCCCACCCUUAG